AUGGCGGCACAGAAAGUGAAGAAGGCGUCCUCAAAGGCGCCCGUGGAGAAGUCGAAGGCAAAAACUGCCACUCCUCCACCAGAGUUAAUCGCAUCGAUUGCUGCGUUUUUGUCUCAGUCCGGCUUCAAGAGUACAAGCGAAGCCCUUGCCAAAGAGCAGUCUAAAAAGUCAAUCGCCAAGGCCGACUCGAAGGAUGUCCCCUCUCUGCUGGACAUCUUCCAGAGUUGGCAGGACCGGAAGAGCGAGAGCAGCUCCGACAGCGAUAGCAGCUCGAGCAGCAGUGAGGAUGAGUCUGGUGACUCUGAUGUUGAAAUGAACGACGCGCCGAAAAUGCAAAAGAAGGAGUCUAGAGGAUCCUCUCCUUCCUCUUCCUCUUCCUCUUCCUCUUCCUCUUCCAGCUCUGACAGUGAUGCCGAUGACGAAGAGGAUGACGAUGCCGUCCCCGCGCUUGCUCCAGCGCUGAAGUCUACCGGCACCAAGCGCAAGGCCGAAUCGAGCUCAUCUGGAUCGUCUUCGGAAUCGGAAUCCGAAGACGAGGCACCGAAGACCAAGAAGGCCAAGCUGUCGACUAAGUCCGACUCAUCCUCAUCUUCAUCUUCCGAAUCGUCGGAUUCGGAGGACGAGGAAUCCGGCUCCUCCGACAGUGAGAGCAGCGCUUCAUCCUCUGAUUCCGACUCUGACUCCGGCUCCGAGUCCGAGUCCUCCGACAGUGAGAGCAGUUCUUCGUCUGAUUCCAGCUCAAACUCCGACUCCGACUCCUCAUCCGAAUCCGAGAAGGAACCCGCCAAGAAGGCUGCUAAGAAGAUCCUGAAGACUGCUGCCAAGACACCCCUGCCUGAGUCAAGCUCCAGCUCGUCCAGCGACUCUGAUUCAUCCUCCUCCUCCGAGUCCUCCGACGAGUCUUCCUCCGAUGAGGAUCAGAAUACCAAUAGCCGCAGCUCCUCGUCUUCUCAGAACUCAUCCGGUAGCAGCAAAACUGUCCAACCCUCUGAUUCCGAUGCGAAGGAGCCCGUAAACAAGGCUACAAAGCAGGUUCAAGAGACCAGUUCGUCCAGCGCCAGCCCUGCUCCCGGAGAUGACCCAGCCAAAAAGAAGAAGCACACUGGAGCUCGUCCCACGCCUCUCGCUCAACUUAGUGAGCUGCCACACGACCACCCCUCGAACCAGUACAUCCCAUAUGCCUACGCCGAAAAGGCUUGGAAGGAUCUGUCCGUCACUCGUGGCAAGGGCUUCACAAAAGAGAAGAACAAGAAGAAGCGUGGCUCCUACCGCGGUGGCCCCAUUGACAUCUCGGGAGGCAAGUCCUUCAAGUUUGAGGACUAA